UUUGCGGUCUCUGGGGUUUCCUUGACUGGUGGGCCAGUCCACUCGCCGCCGCCCUCCUCCCUUUGUCUCGCAGCCGCCGUCACCUCCUCCGCCUCUCGCCUCGCUUAUCGCCGCCUCAAGAUGUGGGACGGCGCCGACGGCGGGACUCCAGAGGUCACCCUGGAGACCUCCAUGGGCGCCUUCACCGUCGAGAUGUACCACAAGCACGCGCCCAAGACCUGCAGAAACUUCGUAGAGCUCGCGCGCCGCAAAUACUACGACAACGUCGUCUUCCACCGCAUCAUCAAGGAUUUCAUCGUGCAAGGUGGGGAUCCUAGUGGAACAGGCAGGGGCGGCGAAUCCAUCUACGGAGCAAAGUUUGAGGACGAGAUAAGGCCAGAGCUGAAGCACACCGGGGCUGGGAUUCUAUCAAUGGCAAAUGCUGGUCCAAAUACAAACGGAAGCCAGUUCUUCAUCACUCUUGCACCUUGUCAGUCGCUGGAUGGUAAACACACAAUUUUUGGGAGAGUAUGCAGAGGAAUGGAAAUUGUUAAGCGCCUUGGAAGUAUUCAGACCGACAAAAAUGAUAGGCCCAUCCAUGAAGUGAAAAUCCUGCGGACUGUUGUUAAAGAUUGAAGCACGCCAGUUGUACCUGCUGUCAUGAAAUAAUCUUUGGUUGUGGCUGCUUCGCAGGAGCAUGUAUUCUCUGUUUCACAGGGAGGUCUUGUAAUGUCAACUUCUUUGGUGUUAAAUCCUUGAUCUACCUUGCUUGCAUGAAUAAUCUUUUGACCAGUACCAAAUAAAUAAAUAUGAUUAGCUA